CAACACCAGGUAGGCCGGGAGCUCAUUCACCCGUCUAGUGUAUCAAACAAAACUCAUUAUUUGUAUCUUUUUCGUGAGAAUUAUUAAUGCGCAAAUAUUAAAAUACGCGUAGUUACGUAAAUUCAGUAAUACUUAUCUAAACCGAAACUUUUACGAUGCAGUUCAGUCAACGGAAUAUUUUUUUGUCUUCAGUAUUUGAAUGCACUCGGGUGAAUACGUUUUUGACUCACUUUAACCAAAUAAGCAUCGCUUUAAUAGAGAAACAAGACGCAGGAAAUGGGGUGUCAACUUUAUUUGCUCAACGUAGACCUAAUCUAGUAUGUAAACGAAACGCGUUUGUGUUCACAAGGGUUUAUAUCGUCAUUCAUAAUGGCCGAGACUCAUAGGAGAUUGCCAUUCGUCUACGCACCUCUCGAGAUAAACUACAGAGUAGUUUAAAAUUGAACGAUUUAAUGAUCAAAGUGUUAGAGUGUAAUUUAGAAAAAUGUGGAAUUGGCACGUAAAAGUGAGGAAACUCAACGAUUUACAAGGAGUGAUUUUGUUGGUGUUCGCGACACUACCGCUGAUAGCAUCGACGAAUAUCGACUGCCUUGGAAAAGCUUUUCAUUGUGUUAAUUCGACUCAUUUCAUGAUAUGUGUGGAUAUCGGCGCAGGGUUUUCAAGUACGAUUGAUGAUUUCGUUAUACCGUGCCCUCCUACAACAGUUUGCCAACAAAAUAAUCGAUUUGAGUGUGAAUUUCCACCGAUCACGACACCUGCACCGACGUUACCGACAGUUAGCUACGUUAAAGAAAGCAUCCAAUGGCUCGAUCCCACAAAUCCGACCCACGAAAAUAUUAUUCGAUCGACACAGCUCGACACAACGAUAAACGAAGCUUACAAUACCAUCAGCACAACAACCUUAGCAAAUCUUGAAAACGACAAUGAAAUCACUACACGAGCGUUGGAAAAAUAUCCAUUAGGAUCAAGUGCUACGAAAGAUUUUUUUUGGAAUACUUCUCCAACGCUGGAUGAAACAACUAGUCAUUAUAAAGAAAAACGGGAAAGUGUUUCAACAACUACGGAAGCUAUAUCGGAGAAAUCGACGCUUAGUGUACAAAAAGAAACAACGGAUGAUAGUUUCAUCGCAACUACUAGCCUACAAAAUGAAAACAUUCCUGUCUUUCCAAACAACAGAGAAAAAUAUAAAAUUAUCGACAAAAGCGGAGUCUGA